AUGGAGCAGCUGCGCCAGCUCAUCUCGCUUAUCUCGACCUCGCUCGACAGAAUCGAAGACGUUUUCUGCCGCCAUGGGCUGCCCGUGCCGACCCUGGAGACGGCCUAUGACCCCAUCUCGCCGACUGAGGCUCUCAGGCUGUUGGCUGACCCCUCCAUAUCGACUGCUGUGCUUGCCAUUGUUGCUGCCUCUGCCCAACUUGGUGCCACUUUCAGAAAGCCGACGAGCGCACUGCUCCACGGGGCUGGCGGAUUCUACGUUACCGCUUCAAUCAGGACCGUUUCCCACUUGAAUGUGGCAGAUAUACUGAAAGAAGCAGGUCCACAGGGAAUGCAUGCAGAUGAACUAGGGGCCAAGUGUAAGACUGAUGGUGCCUUGCUAGGUAAAAUUCCCCUUCAAUCGCAUGCUCAACGUCGUAACUGGCCCCCGCAUAUAGCCCGUAUUCUCCGCUUAUUGGCCACACACCACAUUUUCAAUGAGGUGGCUCCGGAUACUUUCAGCAAUAAUAGGAUCUCAAGUGCUUUAUGCACAGGGCUACCAGUACAAGACCUGCUUUCCCGGCGGGAGAAAGCUCCAGGCCGGCCACCUGUGUAUGAGCCUACGGCAUUUAUCGAGUUUUUCUCUGAUGUCAAUUUUAAGAGCGCGGCAUACUCCCCCGACACGGUUAUUUCGCCUGAGUGUCCUGGCCAGCUUUCCUUCAAUCGCGCGUACGGUACCACAGACACCUUCUACGCGUGGCUCAGCCGACCCGAAAAUGAGCAUCUGCGUCGACGAUUCGAUGUCGGCAUGCGGGCAACGGAGCAAACCCGCGUCAAGGACGAGUUAUUUCUAGGUUUUCCAUGGGGUGAUUUGCCUGCUGGAAGCAUGCUUGUUGAUGUCGGUGGUGGCGUUGGGCACGUAACAUUGCAGAUUGCAAAGCGCUAUCCGGCGCUGCGCGUCGUUGUCGAAGAUCUAGAGCAAGCUGCGGAGGCAUCCACGGAGCUCUGGAAAACUGUAUUGCCUACCCACAUCGAGAACAACAUAAUGAAAUUUCAAGUUCAUGAUUUCUUCGCCCCUCAGCCGGCCAUAGUGUCCUCGUCCAACGCUCCGGUAGUGGUUUUUGUGUUGAGAUACAUUCUUCACAAUUGGGACGACCACCGGGCCGUAACGAUUCUCAAACGGCUGCAUGCUGCCGCCGAGACCCGCAAAGCGGUGGUCCCGAACGCGAUAACCAAGUUAGUCAUUAUCGAGGCAGUCUCUGCUUUCGCCACGCGCACGUGUGCACCCUCCCGGCCCGGCGUUUUUGCAGACUCGGGUGCGGCCACGAUAGCCGAAGCGCGGGUUCUUGCGCCCGAACCACUACUCCCAAACUGGGGUAUCGCUAGCACAGAGGCGUAUUUCGUGGACAUGGCAAUGCACCAUCUUGUCGGGGCGAGAGAGCGCCCGUUGCAGAGUUAUCGGGAUGUCAUGCAGCAGGCAGGGUGGAAGCUGAAAGAUGUCUUUCACGGUGGGCCGCCCGUGUCCUGGGAGCUCAGUCAUCUUGUUGGGGAACCAAUGUGA